AUGGGAACAGCGAUGAGGAAAGCUCGAACGAAGAUGGCGACGAUCCUUGCAAAGUUUGCCCACGUGGACAGUAAAAUGGACAAGGAUCCGUUCGGCGACGAGGGCCACGUUCGAGGGGAGGACGGCGAGAACGCGUCCCCUCUUAUACGUCUUGCGAGCACCCGCACUGAGCACAACCGCUUCUUCCGCGAAGCCAAGGCAAUAUGGCACGAACUGGCUAGUUUGAUGGAAAAUCUGCAUGUGACUGACAUUCAAUUCUAUCUGUACGGACAUUCGCUCUACGGCUCAUUCGGCCCAGAGAUUUGUGAAGGCGGCUCCCUCGAUAAUGAGGCACUACUACAAUUUCCGGAGACCUUAAUCUUACCUUCGCUUACAUUGGUGAAGUCGAUACGGGUUCGCGAUGGAACCAAUCAUGAGAUUGAUCUUUUGAAUCUUUUCCCUGCAGCAGUAGCAUGCGGCGUUACAAGGUCGUUUCCCAUGCUGGACAGCCUGGACAUUAUGGGAGUAGACAGCAGGCGUCUGUGGCCACUGGCUAGGAAAAAUCUCCGACACUCUGAUCCCAGCUUUGCGAACCAGAUCACGAUGCUCCCAGAGUCUUCAAGAACCAUCUCGAAUAUUACGGGAUAG